UUGGUGUCAAAUUGGUGCGACGAAGGGAAUGUCAAAUCUUAUCUACGGCGCCGUCAGGACGCUGACCGCCAAGCCUUGAUUUGCGGGAUUGCCCAUGGCUUAGCAUAUCUCCAUUCCCGGGAGAUAGUGCAUGGCGAUAUCAAACCCCAAAAUGUUGUCGUGAGCAGUGAGAAAACACCGCAGUUAUGCGAUUUUGGCCUUUCAUUCAUUAUUUCGGACAAAUCUACAUAUAUCGACGCCACAAGCAUGGGUCAGUUUGGGACUUGGCGAUACUUAGCACCUGAAGUGUGCAUGGCCGAAGAACCCUUUCGCAACAUGAAGAGUGAUGUCUGGGCAUUCGGAUGCACAGCCAUGGAGGUACGAUUAUUCCAACGCAUUUUUGGUUCUGGGAGCUGA